AUGUCCUUCAAUGAAGGAGACGCCAUGGGAGUGAAGCAACCCCAUAAUGAUCCCUUGGUCAUAAUGCUGAAUAUAGAAGGAUUCAAUACCAAAAGGAUCCUCGUCGACAAUGGCAGCUCUGCAGACACCAUCUACCUCCCAGCCUUCCAGCAGUUGAAGCUAGAUCCAAGGAGACUGCCCCCCCUUGACUCUCCACUCGUCAGCUUUAAUGGAGACAGGGUAUAUCCCAAGGGCAUAGUGACAUUGACAGUGACGGUGGGGGCCUACCCGGUGCAGUUGACCCGUCAGCUAGACUUCUUAGUGGUGGACUGCCCCUCAUCCUACAAUGUCAUCAUUGGGAGGCCCACACUCAAAAAAUGGAAAGCGGCCACGUCCAUCUACUGUUUGAAGGUGAAAUUCCCAACAGAUAAUGGGGUCGGUGAAGUAAAAGGAGAUCAAGUCUUGGCAAGAGAAUGCUAUCAAGCUGUCCUGGCUGUGAAGGAGAACCACACGUGGAUGAUUGAAGAAAAGGAAGAAGAUAGAAUGGAGGCCCUGGAAACAGUGGAAUUGGUUGAAGGAGAAGCGAAUAAGACGACAAAAAUAGGAACGACGUUAAGUCUGGAGAUGAGAACAAGACUCAUCCAAUUCCUUAAAGAAAAUCUAGAUGUCUUCGCAUGGAGCCACAAGGACAUGCCGGGCAUAGCUCCAGAAGUCAUCCAACAUAAGUUGAAUGUGAACCCGAAAUGGAAACCCGUCCGGCAAAGACGAAGAACCUUCGCCCCAGAACGAGAUCAAGCAGUUACAGAGGAAGUUACCAAACUCUUGACGGCAGGGUUCAUCCGGCAAGUGUACUAUCCUGAAUGGCUCGCAAACGUCGUCCUAAUAAGGAUGGCUGAGGAAGACCAGGAGAAGACCGCUUUCAUCACGAGUCAAGGACUCUACUGUUACAAGGUGCCUUUUGGAUUGAAGAAUGCUGGAGCUACGUAUCAAAGGUUGGUGAACAAAAUGUUCAGUCAACAGAUUGGUAGGAACAUGGAAGUAUACAUGGACGAUAUGCUCGUUAAGAGCAAGGAAGGGCUCACAAAUCUGGACGACCUGAAGGAGACGUUUGUAACCCUCAAAAAACACCGGAUGAGGUUGAAUCCAAGUAAGUGUGUUUUUGGGGUAGCUUCGGGGAAAUUCCUGGGAUUCAUGGUGUCCCAAAGAGGAAUAGAAGCAAACCCAGAGAAAGUGCGAGCCAUCAUCAACAUGACGUCACCCAGGACCGUCAAGGAAGUUCAAAAACUCACAGGAAGGAUAGCAGCUUUAAACAGCGUUCCAGGAACUAAAGCGUUACCUGAGCAGUCCACCCCUCUUAAGCCCGUCCAAAGAAGGGGAAGACCUAUACUUAUACCUGGCAGUGUCAGUAUCGGCAGUAAGUGCGCCCUGAUUAGAGAAGAGGGCACGAAACAGCUCCCAGUUUACUAUGUCAGCCAAGCCUUCCAAGGGGUUGAGUCUAGGUAUCCAAGGAUUGAAAAGAUCGCGUUUGUGUUAAUAGUAGCCUCGCGCAAGCUAAGACAAUACUUUCAGGCAAACCCCAUCCUCGUAAUGACGGACCAACCGAUCAAGAAAUCAAUGAACAAGCCUGAGGCAGCCGGAAGAAUGGUCCAAUGGGCGAUUGAACUUAGUCAAUUUGACAUCGAGUACCAUCCCAGAACGGAAAUCAAGGCGCAAGCUCUGGUGGACUUCAUCGCAGAGUUCACCCUUUCGGACGAAGAUAGCCUUAUCGACGGAGUUGAUUGA